AACCCACUAGUCCACCUUUAAAAUCACAAGUUGCGCAACUAAAACAACUCUAGAGAGAGAGUGUGUGUGUUCAGACAAAGAGAGAAAAAAAUGGCGAGAUUCACGGUGUUGAUUGCGGCAGUGAUACUAGCCUUUGUAGUGACAGCGCCGGUGCCUGAAGUAACGGCGAAGAAGUACACAGUCGGCGAGAACAAGUUUUGGAAUCCAAACAUCAACUAUACCAUCUGGGCUCAGGGAAAGCAUUUCUACCUCGGUGACUGGCUCUACUUCGUGUUCGACAGGAACCAACACAACAUUCUUGAAGUAAACAAGACCGACUACGAAAACUGUAACGCUGACCAUCCUCUCGUAAACUGGACACGUGGAGCUGGGAGAGACAUUGUCACUCUCAACGUGACUAAACACUACUAUCUACUAGACGGAAAGGGUGGAUGUUAUGGCGGCAUGAAGCUCGCUGUUAAAGUCGAGAAGCUUCCUCCUCCGCCAAAAGCUUCACCUGUCAAGAGCAUUGGUUCAGUUUCCAUGGCCACUGGUGUUGCUCAGUUCGUUGUUCCGUUUGCUCUUUUCUCUGUUUCGACGGUGUGGGAUGCCAUCUUAAGGAUGUGGUAGUGAAUGAUCUAAGAGCUCUUUACUUGGAAUCCAUUUUCGAUUUGAGAGACAUUAAAUUCUUUUCAGGGAAAGCAUUUUUAAGUUAGAAAGUUCAUCAGUUGAGUUUAUGUUUUGUAAUGUUGGAUUGUUGGUUUUAAUCUUUUGUUUCUUGUAUGUCUCUUUGAAAUCAAUUGUUGAAAAAGUCUAUAUUUGAUUUACUUGAGAUUGAUUACAUUUAAU